AAAUUGCUUCGACAUAGGUAUAUCAACUACCUAGUACAUAGUACAUACCUUCUAUCACAAGUCCCUCCUGGUGUGGUGGGUAAUAUAACUCUGCUACCCAUUCCAACGCGAACCAGACGAAGCGACGCAAUGGAGCUCGCUGUCUUCUCUGCCAAGCCCUAUGACAAAACCUUUCUUCACACCGAGCGCGCGGCCGAAAUCAACGAGGGGGCCGGCAUCCGCAUUGUUUACCACGAAUUCAGCCUCUCGCUCGAGACCGUCUCUCUCGCCUACGGUGCGGCCGCCGUCUGCGUCUUCGUCAACGACGAUGUCUCCGCCCCUGUGCUCGAGGCCCUCCACGCUGGGGGCGUCCGCGCCGUCCUGCUGCGUUGCGCCGGUUUCAAUCACGUCGACCUCGUUGUUGCCGCACGCCUCGGCAUCUUCGUAGCUAACGUCCCCGCUUACUCCCCCGAAGCCGUCGCCGAAUUUGCCGUCGCCCUCGUCCAGACCCUAAACCGCAACACGCACCGCGCCUACAACCGCGUGCGCGAGGGUAAUUUUAGCCUGAACGGCUUGCUCGGUCGGACACUGUACGGCAAGACUGUCGGCGUGGUGGGUACCGGCCGCAUCGGCGUUGCCUUCGCCCGCGUUAUGCAUGGCUUUGGCUGCCGUCUUCUCGCUUACGACCCCUACCCGAACGACGACUUCCGUCGCUACGGCGAUUAUACCGAGCUGGAGACUUUGCUCGCCGAAAGCGACGUUGUCAGCCUGCACUGCCCCCUGACCGAGUCGACGCGUCAUAUCAUCAACGAGGAUACACUCGGGCGCAUGAAGAAGGGCGCCAUGCUCGUCAACACUUCGCGCGGCGGCCUCAUCCGUACGCGCGCCGUUAUCGCUGCGCUUAAGAGCAAGCACCUCGGCGGUCUCGCCCUCGACGUCUACGAAGGUGAGAGCGCUUUUUUCUACAACGACCACUCCGGUACCAUCAUCGAGGACGAUGAGCUCAUGCGUCUUACUACCUUCCACAACGUCCUCGUCUGCGGUCACCAAGCCUUUUUCACUGAGGAGGCCCUGAGCGAGAUCGCCGACAGCACCAUCCGCAACCUCAGUGACUUCGCGCAAAAUCGCCCUUGCAAAUUUGCCCUUGUCCAGUCUCUCGAGGACUCGGAUAAGAGCGACGCCCCACCUCUGGCCAGGCGAGACUCGAUCCCUGUGCGCAUCUAGAGACGCGAAAUCUGUGUCCUCGCCCUACUCAUAGGGUAGCAAUCGAAAGUACUACUGAGGGAUAUCAGCGAUGUGUGAGUGGUGAGAAAUGGCGGGUGGAAAAAGCGGGUGAGGCACGACACUCCUCACAGGUCGAUUCAACCGAAUGGCGGCCGCCGCU